AUGCGUCCUCCACAAACACCUUGCACCAAGACUGCAGCAGGGCGGACCUUGAAAUCUUCGAAAAACUGGCACACGAAGAACGCUCUGAAUAUUUCGCGAAAAAUUCUCCAGAAGUCCGUUUGUCAACAAAACAGGCGUGUUGACACCCUUCAACUCAACAAUGUCCAACUCGCUCGAAGGGUGUCUGAGUUGCAAAAAGAACUCACCCAAAGGGAUGCAGAACUCCAGGUGUCUCGCGAAGAGGCUUUCCAGCUGCGAAUGCAACUAAAUCGUCUCCAGAAUAACACCUUUGAGCCAUCGCUUUACACGCUUCGCGAUAUUUUGGCCUCCAUGGUAGAGGAGUCCUAUAAAGCCCAUCAGAUAGCCUCGAAUGCGUGCAGUAAAUUGACAUCGGCAGCUACCUGUGAUGCCUCAACAGCUGGAGAGGAUUCUGUGGCCCUGGAGAGGUCGAUCAAUAUGUCUUUUGCAAAUAUCGAGGCUACCUCACCGGCUACACCAGGCUCUGUCUUAGCGGUGGGACAGCCAGCCCUAUCUGACGCUUAUUUUGAAGGCGAACCUUGUCAACCCACUGAGGUGCCUGAAUCUGAAUACCCAGCAACUCGAGAAAGCGCCCAGUCCGUUGACAUGGACUGCGACUCGUUCACACGUACUUCUACUUCUACGGGUAGGACGAUGGACGUUGUGCAGGCGGCAAUUCCUGUGACCGACGGUGUGGUUGAAGUGGAUCCACCCACCUCCCGAACUGGUUCGUCACCGGAGUCGGCUUUGCUUGCAACCUCCGAUGAUGAGUAUGUCCCGGCUUCGAUGAAACGGGCGAGGAGGAAGGGUUCUAGCCGAAAUUCGCGCAGAAAAGCAAGACCAAAACCCAGAUCAAAAGCGCGUCCACCCGAUAAACCCUCCCCCACGAAAACCGUCUACUCCCUCGACACCUCCUCUGAUCAUCAUUUUGUUGCGCCGGAGCUUAAGGAGGAUGUCUCUCAGGAACGCAUUCUGAAGACUGGGGAAAAUGCGCCAAAACUGGCUUCUCCCAUCAACUUAGACAGUCCGGAGAAGGUCAUUGUGGUAGACAAGCCGGCCGUCUCCGAAGUCCAGCCAACCUCAAAACCACAGCACCGCAUGCCGAAGAGGAAACGCAAACGCCUCAAGCUAAUCGCUGACGACUCCGUCUUCAUUCCUAUAUCUGACGCAAUGAUGGUGAAUUGCUCGAACCGGGAAAGUGGCCUUAACAACGAAAACGCAUCACCCAGUGCUGCGGAGAAGGCUCCUUCCACUGGAAAAACUCCGUCUCGGACGUCAGAGAAAAGACGUCCCUUGUCCAUGAUGGAUGACCGACUAAUUUCGCGAAUCCACCGAGCCGGCCGCGACGCCAAACCGGUCCUGCCACCUACGUGGUCAGCUUGA